GGUCCAUCUGGGCAGCGCUGCGGGGUGGAGGGUCGGUCCCGCGUGUCCCGGCUGUAGGGUCGCAGGGCGCUGUCUGGCCUGGGCUGGAGCCCUGGCGCUGCCUGUACGACAGCUCUGAGCCCCGCCCGAGCUGGGAGCGAUGGGGGGGUCCCAACCCUAAGAGCCCCCCCUCGCUGUGACACCCCUCCCAGCACAAAUAAUUCCUCCUUCCCAGGCAGGGGGGCUGAGACUGUGUAGUGGGGGUGCUCGGAGCCACUGAACCUGGAGAUGAUGGAGACCACCAAGCUGGGGGUGCAGCAGCCCCCCAGUUCCAGCACUGAUGUCCCCAGGGGCCUCAUUUGGGGCCUGACCCCUCCUAGCCUGGAGCUCAGAACUGACAACCAGCUGUUGGGGGCCAGGGACCCGUCCCCUGGGGCUGCGCUGCCUCCUGCUGGUUUGCUCCCUUCAAGCCCUUGGGGGAUUGUUCUGGCCUGGCUGGUGGCUGCGACUCGCCAGCUGGGUGCAGCCUGUCCCGGGCGGUGCCCGGUGCCCCCAGCCAGGUUCCUGGGCACGGCUGCGCUGACCUUGUUUCAGAGGCCCCUGCUGGUGGGUGGGCUGUCGUUCUGCGGCUUCCUGGAGGCGCACUGCCCCGUCGUCCGCGAGCCCUUCUACCCCACACCCUGGUGCUUCGAGGGGCGGCUCCAGUCCCGGCCCCAGGUCUCCUACCGAAGCGAGUUGCUCCGCACGGCGGAUGGAGGGCAGCUGCUGCUGGACUGGGUGGACAAUGCAGAGAGCCAGCGGUACCCAGAGCCUGGCACACGCCCCACUGUCCUGCUGCUGCCAGGCCUCACCAGCAACAGCCAGGCCACCUACGUCCUGCACCUGGUGCAGCAGGCCUCCCGCGCAGGAUUCAGGACUGUUGUGUUCAAUAACCGAGGGUGCAAGGGGGAGGAGCUGCUGACCCCCAGAGCCUUCUGUGCAAGCAACACAGAGGACCUGCAGACCGUGGUCACCCACAUCAAGGCCCAGCACCCGCGGGCACCACUGCUGGUUAUGGGUGUCUCGCUAGGUGGGAUCCUGGUGCUGAAGUACCUGGCGCAGCAGGGGCAUAACACGGGGCUGGUGGCUGCCAUGACCUUGUCCGUCCCCUGGGACACGGAGGAUUCCAGCCGCUCACUGGAGCAGCCGCUCAACUUCCUGCUGUUCAACCGGCGCCUCACGGCCAACCUCUGCCACCUCGUGAGCCGGCACAGGAAGGUGAUUGCAGAGAAGGUGGAUGUGGAGCAUGUACUGCAGGCACGCUGCAUCCGGGAGUUUGACAAGCGCUACACAGCCGUGGUGUUUGGCUACGGGACGUGUGCUGCAUACUACCGGGAGGCCAGCCCCUCGCACUUGGUACACGCCGUGCGCCUGCCCGUGCGGUGCCUCAACGCAGCCGACGACCUCUUCUCGCCGCUGCAGGGUGAGUGCUGGGGCUGCCUGACUCGCUCUCUUUCAGCCAUCCCCCUGGCUGUGGCACGGCGUCUCCCCACGCUGGCGGUGCUGGUGACGGCGCGUGGCGGGCACAUUGGCUUCCUGGAGGGGCUCUUCCCCCGGCACGAGAGCUACAUGGACCGCGUCUUUGCCCAGUUCCUCACCGCCGCCUUCGAGCACAGCCAGGAGCUGAGCCGCAGCCUGGGACCCGAGCGCCCAGCCCCACAAUAAAGUUCCUGGCUGGCUA